AGUCGGGACUAUAUAAAUCGAAAGAAGACCGAAGAAGUUACCAGUUCGAGAUUAAGCAACGAAUUAGAGGGUCCUUGAAGGUCCCCGGUAUUCGAGGCAUAGAUAACCGAAAGGUUUAUCGAUCAGCGUCCCUUGCCGUAUCUCGAAAUAAAAAAAUUUGAAAGAUCAUAUAUUAACGUAAUGUACAAGCCCGCGGUUUACUCGUCGGCGAACGAUUUGCAACGUCACGAUGCCGACGAUAUCUCUGAGGAAUACGGGGACGAAAUUGCUGAAAUGUCAGGACGAUGUCUCGACAUUGGAUCCGGCCCUGGGGACGUUGUCAUCGAUUUUAUUCUGCCGAAGUUAAACCCAAAUGCUACCAUUGUAUGUUCCGAUAUUUCCGAGCCCAUGGUCAAUUUUGGAAAAGAGAGGUACAGGGAUAAUGGUCGACUGUCUUUCGUCAAAUUGAACAUCGAGGCCCCGGAUCUACCCGAAGAUCUCAUAGGACAAUUCGAUCACGUCACUUCGUUCUACUGUUUACACUGGUGUCAAGAUAUGCGCCAAGUAUUCAAAAACAUCUUUCGGCUACUCCGACCCGGAGGAACAACCCUCUUGGCUUUUCUGGCCAACAAUCCAGGCUUUUAUGCCUACGAAGUCUUGGCCGCCAUGCCGCGCUACCAACCCUACAUGAAGGACGUGGAACGUUACAUCCCGGUCUUCCAGCACACCGACCGUCAGCGCGAAACGUUGAAAGCUUUAGUGAAGGACGUGGGUUUCGAGGUCCACCACUGCAGUCGUAGAGAGAGGAGCUACAUUUUCAACAGUCCUGAUAUACUCAGCAAAUACAUAUUGGCAGUGAAUCCAUUCAUCGAACGGAUGCCUACCGACCUCAGAGAAGAUUACAAAAAAGAUCUAAUCAGAGAAGUUGCGAAGCAAAAAAUUAUUUUCAACAAGAAUAACAACAACGAAAACGAAUACAGUAUACUUUCUAGAUACUACCUCUUCAUAGUUUACUUGAGGAAACCCUUAACGAAAUGACGUAUCGCGAUAGCUGUGACGUGUGAACGAUCGUAAUAUGUUCAUCAAGGUCCAUUCAUCACCGCAGUAAUUAUAUUCACAUGUUAUCAUAUCAUAUAGAUUUAUCUAAGUGCAUAGAAUUAUUUAUCAAGCAAUGACAUGACUAGCCUAGUUGUCGGAGUUCGCAACAGUCGAUCUUACAUACAUAAACAUAAACUUGGAACUUGACAUUAGCAUAUCGUGUUAUCUCAUGUGUGGGAAUAUGUAUAGUUAACGUUUACCCAUAGGAUAAAAUUGUAUCGAAUUUAUAACAGAUGCUAUGAAAUUGAGUCGAUAAUAAAUUUUUUAAUGCGUU